AUGGUUAAACAAAGAGAUCAAUUAUGGAAGUAUGUGGAAGAUUUAAAAGGGUGUUUCAAAUGUAAAUUUUGUAACAAGGAGUAUGCAGGUGGUAUUUUAAGAGUGAAAUAUCAUUUAGCUUGUUUGAAGGGAAAUGAUGUUGGGAUAUGUAGCAAUGUGCCUGAUGAUGUCCCUGCUGAGGCACUCUGUGCAUUAAGUAAGGAAAAUAAGAAAGCUAAGACUGGGGAAAGUUCCACUGCAUGUAAUACGAAACGUUCUACUUGUUGUUAUGGUCCAAGCUAUGCCAUACCUAGUUAUUCUACAUUGAGGACCAAAUUGGUACAAAGGGCGAGGAAGGAUAUUGAACGAUAUGUUGCUUUAGUUAAGGAGUCAUGGUCUACUACAGGAUGCACUAUUAUAUCUAACAUAUGGACUGGUAUGAAAGAGCGUUCCUUCAUUAAUGUUAUUGCAUAUUCACCCAAGAGAGCCAUUUUCCUCAACUAUUUUGAGUGCUUUGAUUCUUCUAAGACUGGACUAUUUCUUAGAGAUAUACUUGAGCCUAUAAUAGAGGAAAUUGGACUAGAGAAAGUUGUUCGAUUUAUCUUAGAUAAUGCUUCCAACUAUGGGGUUGCAAUCUCUUUGAUUAUGGAGAAAUAUCCUCACAUUCAUAGGAUCAGGUGUGCAGCCCAUGGAGUGCAAUUACUAUUGAAGGACAUUGAUGCACAAAUUUCAUGGGUAAAAGAAGUAUUUGACAAGGCAAAGUUGGUUGUUGGUUUUAUGUACAAGCAUGGGACUAUUUUAGCCUUAAUGAGGGAAUGCACAGGAGGUAAAGAAUUGAAAAAACCUUGCAAGACCAGAUUUGCCUCUAAUCUUUUUAUGCUUAAAUCUAUUCUUGAUGUUGAGGAUGUGUUGAGAGUUAUGGUUGCAUCAGCAGAAUGGAGGAUCAACAGGCACUGCAGGUCUGAUUUGGGGGCAAUGGUAACUCAAAUAAUUCAGAGUACAGAGUUUUGGUUGAAUGGAAAAGAUGUGUUGUCCAUUUUAGAACCUCUUAUCAUAGUCCUUUGUCUAGUUGAUGGUGAUGGAGCUACAAGUCCAUUUUUGUAUGAGGCUAUGGAAAGGGUAAGGAAUACCAUCAUAGAUCGUUGCAACAGAGAUUCAUCGAAGUAUAAGAGGUUCAUGGUGGACUAUGCAUGGAAGUUGUGUUCCCUUGCUUCAAAAGAUAGUUAUUCUCAUUUUGAGUCAACCUUGAUGAAUAACCUUAUGAAACUUAAAUCAAAGGAAAUUGAUCAAUUCUGCAAGGACUCAAUUGUGUUAGAUAAACUUCUUGAGAUUCCAAUCAAUGAAGAUGAUGAUAGAGUUGGAUUUAAAGAUGAGGGGGAUACAAUGGUGGAAGAUGAUUAG